CCUAAUAUCUCUAUCACUGCCUUUGCCUCUUUUCCAUCGUCUUUCUUCUUCACCUUCAUUUCUUACAAACAAUAACACCACCAUUUCCAUCUCCACGAGAAGUAGGCAGUAGCAACCUUUCCACCUUCUUCUUCUUUUCAUCUUAGUCACCAUCUUCUUAUUACUAAUCAGAAUCACAACUUCAUAAGUAUGAAGUAUCUAUUUACCAUCAAACCACAAGGAUAAUAGAACCCUAGAUUUCAAAUUGGGGGUUCUCAGAUUGAAACCCUAGAUUUUCGUUAUUUUGAGGUUUGGCGAUUGUCCAGUUUGGUUAGUCAGUAAUUGAACGAUGGGUAGUUUGAAUUCAAUGUUUUUUAGUAAUUGAUACAUUAUUUUUGAUUAUCGACUCCCUGUAUUCAUUAUUCUUUUUGGUUAUCAAUUCCUAGUAUCCAUUAUUAUUUUUGGUUAUCAAUUCUCUAUAUGGGUGUGUAUAUGAUCUUGUUGAAGCUGCAAAUGAACUUGCUAGUUUAGCUAACGAAUCAUGAUCAGAAUAAAAAAAUUAUUGUUGAAAGAGGAAUACCUGAGUAGACGGUUUUAACCGAUUGGAACUGGUCAAAAACUGAUCUGAUUCGGUGCAGUUAAAAACCGAACCGACAGUACCACAGUUCGAUUACGGUUUUCUUUUUCAAAACCGUCAUAUAUGCGGUUAGGUGGACGGUUUGGCAUGUAACCGCACCGAACCGACAUUUGUGCAGCCCAAGUUCCAAAUGGUCGAGAUUGUUUUUGGCUCAUAUCAUAUGGCAUCCCCCGAAAAUAUUUGGUAUCAGCCCGUAAAAUAGAGGAUUUUCUCACAUAAAACAUUGAGAAACCCACCCCCACCGCCCAACCUUCAGUCAGCGUCUAUCAAUGGCGGCAAAACCAGAGGAAGAAGAAGCUGUUCGGCUAAAAACCCUAGCUGAAGAAAAAUACAAAGAAUCAGAAAUAGAAUCAGCGUUAGAAUACGCAAGACAAGCAGAAUCUCUGAAUCAAAACCUCGACGGAGUCAGUGAAUUAGUAACUACAUAUAGCAUUCUCCAAGAGGCGUCAUCAUCACCACCAAAUUGGUACAAAAUCCUCCAGGUAGAAUCUUUUUCUCAUAUAAAUACUAUCAAGAAACAGUAUAGAAAACUUGCCCUAACUCUACACCCAGAUAAAAAUCCAUCUUGUUCGGCUUCUGAAGAAGCAUUUAAACAUGUUAGUGAAGCAUUUAGGUUACUUUCAGAUAAAAAUAGGAAAAAAAAAUUUGAUGUUAAGCUUAAAAUUGCUAUGCAAUCGGCAGCCGUUUCAAGUAAUGGUACUCAUGAUGAUGGAGCUGAGAAAGUUAAUAUGUUUGAAACAAAAUGUUCGAGUUGUAAAUCAGUUCAUCAAUUUGAGAGGAGGAAGUUUAUUGGUCAGAGUCUAGUUUGCCCUAGAUGUAAAAAGAGUUUUGUAGCUGAAGAAAUGAGGGUUAAUGAUGGCGAAUUGGAUGUUGAAGAUGAAACUAGGGUUGCCGUGGUGGAUAGGAGUCGGAGAAAGCGUAAAGCUACUAUUACCGAUUUCUUGGAUAGGAUAGGAUUAACAUCGAAAGUGCCUAAGAAGAAGGUGAAAUUUGCUGACGAAAUGACUUUGUCGCAAAUGCAAAUGAAAGCCAAGCGUAAAAAUGAGGAGGGGACGGUGGGAACAGAUAAAGAUCUGGGGAAGGAGAAAGCGUCGAAAGUGAAGGAAACGAUGGAUAUAGGGGAUAAUGCAAAGGAGAAAAUGACGUUGAAAGAAAUGGCAGAGAAAAUCGAGAAGAAGAAGAAGAUGGAUGCAGUGCAGAACGCAGAGAAGGUGAAUGAGAAGACUAUGACAUUGAAGGAUAUGUUGAAGAAAAUGGAGGAGGAGAAAGAGCAGAAAAUGAAGACAGCGGAAAACACUGGAAAGUUGAAAGAGAAAAAGGUGAAAAAAGUGAAAGAAAUAACGGAGAUAUUGGGGACGGAGAAAGCAAUGACGUUGAAGGAAAUGCUGGGAGACAUUGAGAAAAAAAAGGAAAAGAAGACAAAAACAGUGGAAACCACGGAAAAAGACACAGUGAAAGAAGGAGAAACGUUGAAAGAGAAAACGCUGACAUUGAAAGAAAUGGUGGAGAAACUGGGAAAGGCCAAGGGGAAAGAUAAGACGGAGGAACCAGAAAAGGCCAAGGACGAAGACAGAGUGGAGAAGAAAAGUAAGGGAAAAAAGAAAGGGAAGGAGAAGAAGAAGAAAGAGAAGAAAGAGAAGGGAAAGGAAAGGGAAGAGAGAGUUGUUGUUGCAGUUUCUGAGAGAAGUAAUGUUGUUGCAGUUUCUGAGAGAAGUAAUGAUCUUGAAGCUAUGACAGUGGAAGAUUCGGAUUUUUAUAGCUUUGAUAAGGAUAGGUCAGAGCGCUGUUUUAAGAAAUGUCAAAUAUGGGCUGCUUAUGGUGAUAAUGAUGGAAUGCCUCGGCAUUAUGGUUUAGUGGAUGAAAUUGUCUCGUUAAAUCCAUUUAAGGUGAAGGUGAGUUGGUUAGACUUGCAAGGUAAAGGAGACAAUGUAUCGUCAUCCUUGGAAGGAUCAGGUUGUCAGAUUUCAUGCGGCAAGUUUAAGGUUGACGGGAAGACUGUUGUGAAUUCUGUGAAUAUCUUCUCUCAUAUCGUAGAAUGUGAAAGGGUGGCUAGAGAGAUUUACAUGAUUUACCCAAAAAAGGGUUCAGUCUGGGCACUUUAUGGGGGUUCAGAUAGGCAUGAUUUAAACCAAAUGAAUGUAGUGAAUGGAUGUUAUGAUAUAGUUGUAAUUCUCACUAAUUAUAGUGAGAUGCAUGGUCUGAGUGUAGCAUAUCUUGACAAGGUUAAAUGGUUCAAGACAGUUUUUGAGAGACGUGAAAUUGGUGGUCAUGCUGUUAGAUGGAUUGAGAAAGACAAUGUUCAACUAUUUUCUCAUCAGAUCCCUUCAAGGAAGCUCUUGGGGACAGAGGCUCUAGGCCUUCCAAAAGAUUGUUGGGAGCUUGACCCUGCUGCACUUCCUCAAGAUUUACUUGUUGUCGAGAAAGAUUACUUGCUUGGAGCAGCUUGACUUAUCUUGAAUUUGCUUCCUGUCUUUUCAGUUUAAUCGAGCUUUGGAAAUUUUUAGGAAUCCAGAAAACCCAGGCAUCCUGUCUUGGAAUACCAUUCUUUCGGGUUUCCAAUGUAUUGAAGAUGCUGUGGAGUUUGCUGUUGAAAUGCAUCUAAAUGGAGUUGUUUUUGAUCAUGAUGUAGUAACAUACACAACUGUAAUUUCCUUUUGUUCAGAUCCUCCAGAGCUUCCUGGAAUUCAGGUUCUCUCAGGUAUUAAAAUCUGAGUUUGGGGCUCGAAAUUUUGUGGGUAACGCUCUUAUCACAAUGUAUUUAAGGUGGUGCUGACUAGAAUAAGCUAAAAAGUUUGUUGAAAUGGCUUAUAGGGAUUUGGUUUCACAACAAACCAUAGACGAAAUGUUAGUAAUACAUUUUGUUUGAGCAACACGCUGUUUUUCUUGAGAAAAGUGAUUUCGUUUUUCCUGAUCCACAUUUCAAUCUUAUGCACCAAAAUGAAAUGAUAAGAACUCAGAACAUUCGCAUAUGCGUCUCUGAUAAUUGCUAAAGAGUAAUGAAUGUUUUCUUUAUAUGUUCUUAUAAUAACAAGUACAAUUACAAAGAUACAGCACAGCAAGAGCAAAAAUAAACUUAACAUUAGCUGCUGAUGCCAUCCCUACCCUAACUAACCUACAGCAGGAUUCCGCAUUAAAUCUAUCAGGAGUAGAUGGCUUGAUACACACAACAAAGACAAAAGAAUAUAAAAGAAAAACAGAAACUCAUCCCUUGAUCAGAUCCAUUAACAUUGAUUACACCAUAAAUUACUAGAGAACUGCCAUUUUACUAUUUACACAA